AUGAGUGAAGAGAACGGGAACCACCCGGACGAAAAUAAAUAUGGAAUUGACGAUGGAUUGGAAGAAGUAGUGCAGCUUGAAGAUCAGCAGCGAUAUGAUCAGCAGCAACUGGAUCACGCAGACCCAAAAGAAGACGAACAAGAGCACUUUCAAGGCAUUAAUUCAGUAGCAGGGGAAGAGGUUGAGAAUGCCAUUGGAGACAUACAAGAUGAAAAUGCCCCCGAGCUUCACGCCCAGCAUGUAGACUUGUACGAGCCGGAACCAGUAAUAGAAGAACUGGUACCAGUCGCAGAGGAUAUACAAGAUCCUGUAGAAGUUGCUCAAGUGGCUGCUCAAGAACCAGGUGCAGCUGACCAAGAACAUCCUGCUGACUUAGAUAUAGCAGUAGCUCAAGCACCUAUAUCAAUUGAGGUUGAAGAGGUGGACACAACGCAACCCAACCACAUCAACUCAGAUUAUGACCAGACACAGACUGGCCAAACUGUUGCUCCAUUUCAGAAUUUCACUACGCCACUGAAGUCACUCCCACCACUAAAGGAUAUUGAAAAGAUUUCCACACCCAAGUCAUUUUCAGUGGCACGAGAUGAUGAUUCUAUAAUGGAGUCGUCACCUAUGCACCAGCACAUACCGCUCCAUAGACUUGCGGAGGAACCAGAACAACAGCAACAGCAACCAGACCAACAGCAGGGACAGCAUCUUGUGGUGGAUGCUAAUAAUUCAGUACUCGGGGAAUCUUCAUCUCCCAACAUUGUGCAUAGAGAGUUGCUCAACAUCCCUCAAAGUGAGUUAUCAUCGCUCUCAGCUUCAUCUUUAGCACUUCUUCAAUCUAAAAUAGCAUCUUAUGAUGACAUGCUUUCAGAAAUUUCAUUAAUGAAAGUUAAUCAAGAGCAAAUGGUUCAAAUUCAAGAUAAGAAAUCCAAACUAAUUCAACUGAAACUCCAAAAGUUGACCGAAAAGAACCUGAAACUUCAAGAAGAAUAUGAUAACCUCCAUUCCAUAAUACCUGGCCUUCAGCACUCAAAUGAUGAAUUGACUUCAACAAAGUCUAGAUAUGAGAGAAGAAUCUCUGAAUUGGAAGAGCAAGUAAAGGCUGCGGAAGAAGAGAACUCUAAAUUUUCACAAUCUAGAGACUCUGAACUCACCAAGAUUUACGAACAGAAUGAUUCUUUGACCAAGGCUAACUUGGAUAUGAAUACCAAACUUGGACAACUUUCCAAAGAACUUAACGAUGUAAGGAAUGAAAAAUUCGAUAUUCAGUUGAAAUUGAACAAAAGCAGCAACGAGUUGACCUAUACUAAGACUCAAAAAGAAUGGUUCCAGAAAGAAUUGAAGUCUGUCCAAGAAAGAUACACUGAAUUAAUUCAAAAACAUGAAACAGAAUAUGUUAUUACAAACAACAAAUUGACAAGAAUAACUGCUCAAGUAGAAGGAUUGACCAAAAACAACGAAUCACAAAAAGAGCAAAUAUUACAAUAUCAAAGAGAUAUAGAAUCCAAUGUUAACAAAAACAUUAAACUAAGCAAUGAAUUGGACGCUCAAAAGAGAAAGUUUGUAACUGAUCUUCAAUCAAAGCAAGAAUUACUCGAAUUGACUCAAGUUCAAUCUGAAGAGAGAAGUAAUAGAGUUGAGCAGCUAGAAAGCUAUGUUAAAACGGUAAAGGAGAAAUUCACUGCCUCUAUCGAACAAUUGGAAUCAGCAAGCGAUGCCAAGCUGCAAAAGAUUGCCAUCUUGACGGAAAAAUUAAAAAGAACAGAAGAAGUAUUGGAUGAAGAGUUACGUAAGGAAACAGAAUUACCUAAAUUGCUGGAGCUGGCAGAAAAAUUGGCUGCAUCUUCUGGUGGUGGAAUGUCAUUAUCAGCAUUAUAUACUGAAUUUUCUCAUUUAAAGAAGCAGUUGGUUAUGGAAAGAACUCAAAAAGAAAAGUUGUCUUACCAGUUGGAAACUUUCAUUGAAGAAUUAGAGGCCAAGAAGCCGGCAAUUUCGAACUACCGUGAGCAAAUCAAAUUUUACGAAAAUUCAUUAAAUGAUUCAUUCAAUAAGAUUGAAGCGAUCAGAAUGGAAAAGUUGGAUGUUGAAAAAUUCUCUAAGACACUUAGCAGUAGAGUCAACGGAUUGGAAGGAGAGUUAGUUAGUAUGAAGAUGCUUUGUAAAGACUUAGGAAGACAACUAUGCUUCUAUUUAAUUCACUCUAGAGUGAGAGAUGGUGAUGAAGAACCUUUGACUGUUGUCGAAAGGAAGGCCAUUGAGAACAUUCUAGCUAAAAGUAAUGCAAAUAAUGGAGUAGGAGAAGAGGAGAGUGACACAGACCAGUUAAUAUCCGAAAGAUUGGUAGGUUUCGCAUCAAUUAUUGAUUUACAACAGAAGAAUCAAGAAUUGUUGACGGUUGUUAGACAAUUAGGCAAACAGUUAGAAAACAAAGAUGAAGAAUUUUCUAAGGAUAUCGAAUCUGUUGCUAUUGAUGAAGCUAAAGAAGCAAUAUUAACCUUACAAAAUGAAUUGGAAAGUGUUAAUUUGAAGCUAAGCUCGGUUGAGAAGGAAAGAGAUGUAUUUAAAGGAAUGACAGAAUCGUUUGGAUCUCACGGAAGUGGAGUUUCUCAGAACGGCUUGCUAAAUGGAAGCAAAAAUGGAAGCGUUUCAUUCUUACAAGAUUCAAAUAAUGAUUUGAAAGCCCAGUUAAAGAACCUUGAGCAAACUUUAAACAAUGUUCGUACACAAUCGGAGGCUCAAAUUAGAGAUUUGAAUAGUAAACUUCGUCUUUCCGAAGAAGAAAAGAAUUCUUUAUCGUUAAAAGUAAACAAUUUGCAACAUAAUGUCGAUUUAACUGAAACGAGAUUAAGAAAUAGUGAAACGACCUUCAAGAACCUUCAACAGGAAUUAAAUAGAGUAAAAGAAGAUGGUGAAUUUUGGAAACAGCAAACAUCAAAACAAGAAACAGCAUUUAUUACCUCGUCAAAUAAGUUGAGGUCAAGUGAGUCCGACGUUAAUAAACUCACAAUUGAGUUGAAAAACUUGCAUAAUGAAAGAAAUAUCUGGAAGUCUCUUGAGAAGAGCUUAGAACUGGAUAUUAACCAAUUAAAGAUAGACAAGAAUCAACUCAAUGAAUUUGUGACAAACUUGCAAUCUCUCUUGAAAGAUCGUGAGACUUCCUCCAAGCAAUUUUCAGAUAGAUUGAACCAAUCUAUAGAGAACUAUCAAAAGUUACAAGAAAGACUUAAUGAAAAAGAAGAAAGAAUUAUGAUUUUAUCAAGUCAAAGUGAACUCUCCAUGAAAGCUCAGAACACAAAGUUGGAGCAAUUGCAUGAACUAAGUCUGUUACUAGUAGAUACUAGAGUCAAACUAGCCGAGAGGAAUGGUGAAGUUGAAAGACUAGAACAGAAAAUUGAAGAGCUUUCUACUGGUAGACUAUCACAGGUACCUGUGGUCAAUGGUGCUACAGUUGGUAACUCCUCUGAGGAUGAUGAGAAAAUAUCUCUUGAAUUAGAUUCACUUCGUAAAGAAUUGAGAAUAUCAGAGAAGCAAGUAGAUGAAUUUUCUUCGAUCGCAAAAUCUGCUGAAGAAGCAUUAGGUAACUUAACUUCAGCAUUUGAAGACUAUAAAGUUGAAUCUGAGAGACAAAGGAGAGAUUUGUUGGCUGAAAAGACUAACUUACAAAAUGAAAUACUGAACUUAAAUGAAUCGCUUAAGCAUGCUAAGGAUCAGAUUUUAAGUCAAAAUGACAGUCAUACUAAAGAGUUGGACGCUCUCAGAAACGAGUCACAGGGUUUCAAAUUGAAAGCUGAUGCGUAUGAUGAGUUACAGAAGGAUUACGAGGUGAAAUUGACUAACAUUGGUAAUGACUUGCAAGUUCAAAUUAAACUAGCUGGUGAUUUCCAAACUAAAUUCCAACUGGAAUUGAAAAAAAACGAAGAGUUGAAUGAAGUAAUUGCUAAAUUGAAGAGUGAUUCGGCUAAUGUCGAUGAGCUUAUUAAUAAUUUGAAGAGUGAAUUAGAUGAGGUGAAGACUGAAUUACUGGACAAGUUGAAUGCAAUUGAAGAAGUCAAAGAAAAUUCACAGGCAGAAAUUGCUAAGAAUGCAAGCAAAUUGCAAGAUCUUCAAACUCAAAAUCAAAUUUUACUUAAUCAACUUCAAUUACAAAAGAAUGGUUCAAGUGAAGGUGUUGAUGCUGAUGAAAGUGAAGGAUCGUUGAGACAGGUUGUUAAUUAUUUGCGUCAUGAAAAGGACUCUGCGGAAGCAAAAUUGGGUGUUAAGGUUGAAGAACAAACAAGAUUGGAAUUAAAAUUGAAGCAUAUUAAUCUUGAGCUUGAGUCAACCAAAUCAGAUUUACGCAAGGCAUUGAGCUCUUCGAAUGAGCUUUCAGAUUUGAGUAAAGAACACGAAAAAUUGUUAGAACAAUUACAGCAAUUGAACAUUUUGAGAGAAAGUAACACUACUUUAAGAAAUGAAAAUAAUGAAAACAUUGGUAAAAUUCAAAAGCUAACAGUGGAAUUGGAGAUUGUUAGAAAACAAUUGGACCCGUUGCAGAAACAAAUCGUGUCUCUCAAGACUGAAGGAGAAGUUAAAGAUCAAAGCGUUAAGCUAAUUUCAGAAGAAAUGGAAAGACUUAAGACAAGAGUCAGCAACAAUAUUAAUAACAACAAUCAAAAGAGUGAUUCAAUAUCCUCCACUGAGUUUGAAGCACUUAAGAAUGAAAAUGAAACCUUAAAGAAGAGCAAUAAUGAAUUGGGACAGACUAUUAAGGAGUUGAAAGACAAAGUAGAAAGUAGUGAAUUGGAAGUUAAAAAUAUGAAAGAAGAAAACGAAAAGUUAGAUGUGAGAUUCAAUAAGCUUAAGGUAGAAGCUCAAGAUAAGUUGAAGAGAAGAGCGGGUGAAGUGAAAGAUUUGAAGGAUACGAUUGAGCAAUUGAAGGCUAAUUUGGAGAAGACAGAGCAACUGUUGAUUGAGACACAAAAGACGCCAACUGAGGGUGCGACCAACGCAUCCUCUUCUGCUGCUGUGGAGGAACUUAAAUCUAAAUUUGAUGAAGUUGAGAAAGAAAAAUCACGUCUCGUUAAGGAAAACAACGAUUUGAACUUAAGACUUAAGAAGGCAGAAGCCUCAACUGCUGAGUUCAACAAAUUGAAGGAAGAAUAUGAAGCUAAAUUAAAAUCAGCUAAUGAUGCUUCAAAGGAUAACUCAGAGCAAAGUAAGCGAUUGGAGCAAGAAUAUCAAGCUAAACACGAUGAGUUGUACCAGACUAUCAAAGAAAAACUUGAGAAAGAAAAUGCCGAGGCAUUGAAGGAACACAUUUCCAAGAUUGAAGGUAGUGAUGCAGUCCGUGAAGAACUUAAAAAGCAAUUUGAAGAAGAGAGUCAAAAGUUAAAGGAAGAGUUUGCCAAGGAUUUAGAAAAGACUAGGACUGAAACAAGGAAACUCAGUGAAAAGACUACUGAGUUGAGGGUUAAAAUGUUAAAUAAGAAAAUUGCGAAGUUAACAGAACAGGUUUCUGGAUUGAAAAAGAAUGCUCCUUCAUCUCUCCCAGCUACUCCACAAGCUCAACAAGGAAACAAGUCGGAUGCCACGUCGGUUGUCAAUCGUCCUGCAAUCGAUAGAGCUAAUACUCCUGUUCAUCAGAACCAAGGUAAGCAGUCAAACCAACAACAACAACAAGAAAAGCAAACUCAACAGAAUACCCCAAAUGCUCAAAAUGCACAAAAGAGACCAUUUGGUGGUAACAAGUCUCAGGUCUCAAACAAAAGACCUAAAGAGUAA